AUGGAUUUAUCAGAAGAAAUAUACUCCGAUGCUGUGCAGUACUGUUUCCCAUCUUUAAACAGUUCUUGUCUUAAAGAACAAUCCACAGUAAAGAAGGCAAUGCUUUAUUUUCUGAUUUCAGGACUCAUAAUGAUGACACUAGGUGGAAACAUAACUGUAAUAAUAGCAAUCGCUCACUUCAGACAGUUACACACUCCUACCAACUUUCUUAUCCUGUCACUGGCUUUAGAUGACUUCCUUAUUGGAGCAAUAGUCAUGCCUUUCUCUAUGAUCAGUGCUGUGGAAAACUGCUGGUACUUUGGGGACACAUUUUGCUAUCUUUCUGCAAGUUUUUUUACAGCACUUACUGUUAUUUCAAUUUUUCACUUAAUUUUUAUUGCUGUUGAUCGCUAUUUUGCAAUCUGUGAUCCACUGCAUUAUUCUAGAAAAAUUACAAAUUCUGUAGCGGGAAUAUUUAUUGUGGUUAGCUGGGUUGUACCUCAGAUUUAUGCAUAUAGCUAUGUUUUCUCUCAUGCAGAAAUAGUUACUUCAAAAAGUUCUUGUACAGGUAGCUGUGUACUUACCUGGACUGCAUUGUCAUCAACUGUGGAUGCUUUUGUUUCAUUUUUCAUACCGUGUUCAGUAAUGCUCUGUCUCUAUGCAAAGGUGUUCCUUGUUGCAAAGCGACAUUCAGAAAUGCUUAUCCAUAUAGAAAUCAGUCAGCAAAGAACAAGCAGCAGCCAACAACAUGAAAGUAAGGCAGCAAAAACUUUAACAAUUGUAAUGGGUGUAUACCUCCUCUGCUGGCUACCUAUAGUUAUUGUUUCACUUGCUGACCCUUAUAUAAAUUACUCUACACCUGUAAUGUUAUAUAAAUGUUUAGUAUGGUUAGCAUUCUCUAAUUCAGCCUACAAUCCUAUCAUAUAUGCAUUUUUUUAUCCUUGGUUUCAAAAAGCACUGAAGCUUAUAGCAACGGGCAAAAUAUUCACCAGUGAGUCAUGUUCUAUGAAACUCGUAUCAGAACACAGCUGA